AUAAGUUCAGUUCAACCAUAGUCUUCUUUCAUAUUCAUUUAAACAAAAAGAUUAGCUUUUUAUCAAAUGAUUUAACUUCAGUUGACACAUUUAAAUAAAAGGUGAAACCAUAAAUUAAUAGGGCAAAGUAAAUAAAGAGAGUAAGGGAUGUGAGAAGGAAGUUUCCCACACACUGAAUAAGCAAUUAGCAAGAAGUUGAACAGUAAUGACAUGGAAGAAAUUAGCAAGAAGAAGAGGUGGUAGUACAAUGAUUGGUCCACACGGCUAUAGGAAGUGGCCAAGAAGUUUCACAGACCAUUUUUGUCAUAAGUGUUCUCCCUUUUAAAUAGUUUCAUAUUAAAGACUCCACAUCACAGACCACAAAAACUUACUCAUUCAUAUUCUCAAACUCUUUUUUCAUCUAAUUUCUCUCAAUUCUCAUGGCUAUGCAAUCACCUCCCUCUUCCUCUUCAUUUUCAUAUGCAUUCACUUACCAAGUGUUCCUUAGUUUUAGGGGCACUGACACUCGCCACGGUUUUACCGGCAAUCUCUACAAGGCUCUUACUGACAAGGGAAUCAAAACCUUCAUUGAUGACAAUGAUCUUCAAAGAGGAGAUGAAAUCACACCAUCACUCCUCAAGGCCAUCGAAGAAUCUAGGAUUUUUAUUCCUGUGUUUUCUAUCAACUACGCCACUUCAAAAUUUUGCUUGGACGAACUUGUUCACAUUAUUCAUUGCUACAAGACAGAAGGUCGCCUCGUUUUGCCUGUUUUCUUUGGUGUGGAUCCUACUAAUGUGCGACAUCAUACAGGUCGUUAUGGUGAAGCAUUGGCUGGACAUGAAAAGAGGUUUCAAAAUGAUAAGAAUAACAUGGAGCGAUUGCAUCAAUGGAAGUUGGCUCUGACCCAAGCUGCUAACUUGUCCGGCUACCAUUCUAGUCAUGGAUAUGAAUACAAGUUUAUUGGCGAUAUAGUCAAAUACAUCUCCAACAAGAUCAGUCGUCAGCCCUUACAUGUUGCCAAUUACCCUGUUGGAUUACAGUCUCGAGUACAACAUGUGAAAUCGCUUCUUGAUGAAGGAUCUGAUGAUGGAGUCCACAUGGUAGGACUUUAUGGUACUGGAGGCUUGGGUAAAUCAACACUUGGAAAAGCAAUUUAUAAUUUUAUUUCUGAUCAAUUUGAAUGCUCAUGUUUUCUUGAAAAUGUGAGAGAGAAUUCAGCUUCAAAUAAAUUGAAACAUCUCCAGGAGGAACUCCUUUUAAAAACACUUCAACAGAAAACUAAGUUAGGAAGUGUUAGUGAGGGAAUUCCUUAUAUAAAGGAAAGGCUGCAUACAAAGAAGACUCUUUUGAUUCUCGAUGAUGUUGACGAUAUGAAGCAACUACAUGCUUUGGCAGGAGGACCUGAUUGGUUCGGCCGUGGAAGCAGGGUCAUCAUUACCACUCGAGACAAACACUUACUAAGAAGUCAUGGGAUAAAAAGUACGCAUGAAGUGAAAGGGCUGUAUGGAACAGAAGCUCUUGAGUUGUUGAGAUGGAUGGCUUUUAAGAAUAACAAAGUACCUUCAAGUUAUGAAGACGUUUUAAAUCGUGCAGUUUCAUAUGCUUCGGGCCUUCCCUUAGUUUUAGAAAUAGUGGGUUCCAACUUGUUUGGAAAGACGAUAGAAGAAUGGAAGGGUACAUUAGAUGGAUAUGAAAAGAUUCCCAAUAAAAAGAUCCACGAGAUACUUAAAGUAAGUUAUGAUGCUUUGGAGGAAGAGCAGCAAAGUGUUUUUCUAGACAUUGCCUGUUGCUUCAAAGGAUGUGGAUGGAAGGAGUUUGAAGAUAUACUACGUGCUCAUUAUGGCCAUUGCAUAAAACAUCAUCUAGGAGUGUUGGCUGAAAAAUCUCUCGUUAAGAUUAGUAGUACUUCUUAUUCGGGAUCUAUUAAUCAUGUGACAUUACAUGACUUUAUAGAGGACAUGGGUAAAGAAGUCGUACGACAAGAAUCGCCUAAAGAGCCAGGAGAAAGAAGUAGGUUAUGGUGUCAAGAUGAUAUAGUUAAUGUUUUAAAAGAAAACACUGGAACUAGAAAAAUUGAAAUGAUAUAUAUGAAUUUCCCCUCUGAGGAAUUCGUAAUAGACAAGAAAGGAAAGGCCUUCAAGAAGAUGACAAGACUGAAAACGCUUAUCAUUGAAAAUGUCCAUUUUUCUAAAGGUCUCAAGUAUCUUCCAAGCAGUUUGAGAGUAUUGAAAUUACGUGGAUGUUUAUCAGAGUCUCUAUUAUCAUGUAGUUUAAGCAAGAAGUUCCAGAACAUGAAAAUCUUGACAUUGGACAGGUGUGAAUAUUUAACCCAUAUACCUGAUGUCUCAGGUCUUCAAAAUUUAGAAAAGUUCUCCUUUGAAUAUUGUGAGAAUUUAAUUACAAUUCACAAUUCAAUUGGACACCUCAAUAAACUUGAAAGGUUAAGUGCAAAUGGUUGCAGCAAACUCGAACGUUUUCCACCUUUAGGGCUUGCAUCCCUUAAUGAAUUGAAUAUCUCUUAUUGUGAGAGUCUCAAGAGUUUUCCAAAAUUAUUAUGCAAGAUGACAAAUAUGAAAACGAUUUGGUUGCAGAAAACUUCCAUAAGAGAAUUGCCAUCUUCAUUUCAAAAUCUCAAUGAACUUUUUCAGUUAACGCUAUGGGAAUGUGGAAUGCUGAGGUUCCCAAAACAGAAUGAUCAAAUGUAUUCUAUAGUGUUUUCAAAAGUGACAAAUCUUGUUCUCAAUAAUUGCAAGCUCUCAGAUGAAUGUCUCCCAAUAUUUCUCAAGUGGUGUGUUAAUGUGAAAUUGCUAGACUUAUCAAGGAACAAUUUCAAACUUAUUCCUGAGUGCCUUAGUGAAUGUCACCUUCUUAAUAACCUUAUAUUGGAUAACUGCAAGUCUCUGGAGGAAAUUAGAGGGAUUGCACCAAAUCUUGAAAGGCUUUCUGCAAUGGGAUGCAAAUCAUUGAGUUCCUCAAGUAGAAGAAUGCUAUUGAGUCAGAAGCUAAAUGAGGCUGGAUGCAUUAUUUCUUUCCCAAACUUCAGUGAUGGGAUUCCAGAUUGGUUCGAGCACCAAAGCAGGGGAGACACAAUUUCUUUCUGGUUUCGUAAAAAGAUCCCUUCUAAUAUUUCUGUUAUUCUUUUUCCGGGAUGUAUGUCUACUCCACAACUUUGUUUGUUUGUCAAUGGCUAUAAAUGUUUUCCUUGUAAUUAUUUACUCUGGGGUUUUGUUUUAUUUGAGAUUUUGGAGUCAGAACAUUCAUUUUUGUUUAAUCUGAAAUUGGAAGAAGAGAUUACACAUUUGUGUCGCCUGUCUGAAAUGGACGAAGCAAUUUUAAGAAAUGAAUGGAUCCAUGUGGAGCUUAAUUUUGUAAAGAAUGUUUGGAAUAAAUCGAUCCAUGUGACUGAAAAAUUAAGCAGUGCGCAAAUAGGAAUCCACGUGAGGAUGGAGAAAAGCAACGCAGAGGAGAAUGUGAUAUUCACCGAUCCUCAUAGAGGAUGUAGAAAUACUUCAUUAUCACAAUUUGAGCCUCCUCUGAAAAAGCAAAGAUUGGUGGAAGUGGUAGUUUCAGAGACAGAAAUUUGGCAGCAGCAAUAUCUAGCUUUAGUGUCAGGCAUGCAAAACUUGGUGCUUACUGAAACAAAAGAGGAACACCAUUGCUAGAUAGAUUCCUUCGUCCAGGAAACCAUCUGUAGUCGUCUGGCUUUUUGCGUUGUCACACGAGAUGUGUAGUGAUGGCUCACCGCUCACACAGAAUCUGUGGCUUGUUCGAAAAGGCAUUGGAUAAAGAUAUGCUUUACAGCUCAGUUGUACUGUUUCGUUGCUACAUUAGGCAUGAAUUGUACAUUGCAUAUGAUCCUUCUGCGUCUUGACGUAUCUUCAUUCAUGCUAUCCAUGCCUGGUGUGUAUUUGUGUUUUAGGUUACUUCUCUAAUGCUAAAAACUUGUUCUCUCUCCCCAAAAAUGUGGUAAAAAAAAACUAUUUAUUAGUUGUUCUGAUUUCUGACGUAGAUAUUUGGUAGAACUAGAAAGGACCGUACAGAUUAAGCUGUUUUAAUGCAUUAGUUAUUAAGCUGUUUGAUUUUUGUAGUCUAAAAUUCUAAAUGUUACCAUCCAUUCUGAUUCUGCCGUCAACUUAACCAUUCCUGGUUUCCCUUUUCUUUUCUAUAUGGUUAGCAAUAUAAACUUCAAUGACUAUAUCUGUAAGAAUGAAUGUCACAUUCUCAACAAUAUCACAGCGAAUAAAAUCUCUUAUGUAUUUUUGUUUCUUAUUAUUUUUUUCAAUAUUUGACAGAGAUUUAAUGAAUGUAGUUCACCCCAAUAUCAUAGCGAACAACUCUAUCCAUCUUCUAUAAAGGGUUGUAGCGAGCGCACUCAAUCAUAUACUAGAUGAAAGGACAUAUGUUAGUACAAUGUUCUUGCAUCGGGAUCACAGACCUGACAACACAAACGGCCAGAGAUUAUCUAGAGCCAAUAAAAAGAUACAAACAGACCAAUAUAUCUUGGAGUAUAAACACUAGCAAGAUGCAAAAUGUUCUUACAUCGGCAUCACACACCUGAAAACGCAUACGAGUCUUCUAGUAUUUUCUUAUCAACUUAUCAUGCACUUGCAUAUUAUAUUUAUGAGAAUAUAAAAUAGUUAAAGGAUGAGGAUUCAAAUUCUAAUGUUGGAGAAGAUAUAACUUUUAAUAUAUUAAACAUUAUGCAAAUAAUAAAAAAGUGUGAUUGUAUUGCCUUUACUGAAUCAAAAAUAUGUUUGGAAGAUAAGCAUAGUAUGGAUUCACAUUGCUUUCUUAAACAUUAUUGACAUGUUUUGAUGUUAUGCUUAGCUUUAUAAUAAUGUUCUAACAAUUGAUACACAAGAUUUAUGCCUAAUGUGAUUUACUGUUGAACAUCGUUGCUUCAAUAAAUCGUAACUAACUAAAUUGUUUCGUCAAAUUAAAAUGUGUUUGGAACAGUGGAUUUUUGGAAGACAAGAAGAAACCAAUAAUCUUCUCAAUGGCAAGGCUUGACAAAGUGAAAAACAUUAGUGGCCUAGUCGAGUGGUUCGCGAAGAACAAGAGACUAAGAAGUUUGGUAAAUCUUGUGAUCGUUGGAGGAUUCUUCGAUCCUUCAAAAUCCAAAGAUAGCAAAGAAACAGAAGAAAUCAAGAAAAUGCAUUACUUAAUUGAUGAACGAAUACAAACUGCAAGGUCAGUUCAGAUGGAUUGCGGCUCAAACUGAUCGAUAUCGCAAUGGAGAGCUUUACCGAUGUAUCGCGGAUACAAAAGGAGCUUUUGUUCAACCAGCAUUGUAUGAAGCUUUUGGUCUAACAGUCAUUGAAGCAAUGAACUGUGGAUUACCAACUUUUGCAACAAAUCAAGGUGGUCCAGCUGAAAUCAUAGUUGAAGGUGUAUCAGGUUUUCAUAUUGAUCCUCAUAAUGGAGAUGAAUCAAUCAACAAAAUUUCUGAAUUUUUUGAGAAGUGCAAGACUAAUCCUUAACAUUGGAACAUAGUCUCUAAAUCUGGUCUUCAAAGAAUCAAUGAAUGCUAUACAUGGAAGAUAUAUGCAAACAAAGUGUUGAAUAUGGGAUCAAUUUAUGGGUUUUGGAGAAAGUUGAACAAAGAACAAAAGUUGGCAAAGGAAAGAUAUAUCCAAAUGUUUUAUAAACUUCAAUUUAGGAACUUGGCAAGAAAGGUACCAAAUCAUCCCAAGAACCUCAACCAAUGUCAACAACUCCUACCAAAAAAUCAGAAGCAAAAGCAGAAGCUACAUCCAAGGGGCAUGAUGCAGCACAAGCAAAAGCUGAAGUUCCUCAAACCCAUUUGGCAACAUUACCACCCAAAAUUGAAUCUCAGCCAACAUCAAGAGGUGAAUCUUCAAGUAAGGAACUAGCUACUAAACAAAGUGGUUAUUUUAUUCUGGAUUACGUUGGUUGCUUCCAGGAAUUGCUUUCAUGUUCAUCAUUCAUUAUCUCUCUGUAUUUGGAACAUUUAUUCACAAAGGAGCAAUAAUCUCUAAGAUGAAAUCACAAUCAUAUGUGGAUGUAAUUUUAGUUUUUACUUAUUUGUAUCUUUACCUUCUUAUUUCAACUUUAUUGUAAAUUAUUUCGGUGUACAUAAGAAGUGUCAUUUCAACCAUUUGGAAUUAAUUAGUAGCAUUUGAAAUCAAUAUAUUAUUACCCCCUUCACCUCUAUUA